CGGCGGCCAGUGCGCAUGCGCUGAAACAGCAGCGUGUAAAACUUUGCAGCAGUUGGUGAAGUUUAGAAGCUGCUGCUCCUCUGGUGGAGGAGAAGCUCUCUAGAUCCUCCAGGAGAAGCUCCUCACAGACCCAGCAGCUGCUCCCCUGGCCGCCCUGCGCUGCCCCUCCCCCGGCAUGAAGAUCCAGUUCGCCCCGCUGAACGUGCCGCUGCAGAGGAGGCUGCAGACCGCCGCGGUGCUGCAGUGGCUCUUCUCCUUCCUGGCUCUGGCCCAGUGCUGUCUGGCUGCGUUCGUCCUCUUGGCUCUCUCUGAUUGGUGGAUGGUGGCCCUGCUGUAUGCUGGUUGGCUUUGGUUGGACUGGGACACGCCCACCACAGGAGGUCGCAGGUCCCAGUGGGUGAGGAAGUGGACGGUGUGGGAGUAUUUUAGGGACUACUUCCCCCUGACGCUGGUUAAAACCGUGGAUCUGGACCCCACCAAGAACUACAUCUUUGGCUUCCACCCCCACGGGGUUCUGGUAGCCGGUGGAUUUGGGAACUUCUGCACGGAGGCCACAGGGUUCUCCCGCCUGUUUCCGGGUCUGAGGUCUCACCUUCUGAUGCUGCCGUUCUGGUUCCGAGUGCCGUUCUUCAGGGACUACAUCAUGUGUGGAGGACUGGUGUCCAGCUGUAAGUCCAGUCUGUCCCAUCUGGUCAGCCGUCCUGGAGGAGGAAACGUGGCGGUGAUUGCAGUGGGCGGAGCUCCAGAAGCUCUGGAUGCUCGACCAGGGGCUCUGACUCUGCAGGUGAAAAACAGGAAGGGCUUCAUCAAACUAGCCCUGAAACACGGAGCUCAGCUGGUUCCAGUGUUUUCUUUUGGAGAGAACGAGCUGUUUGAUCAGAUGGAGAACCCAGCUGGAUCUCCUCUGAGGAGGCUGCAGAACCGGCUGCAGAGCAUCAUGGGAAUAGCCAUGCCUCUUUUUCAUGCCAGAGGAGUUUUCCAGUACAGCUUUGGUCUGAUUCCCUACAGGAAGUCCAUCCACACCGUUGUAGGGAAGCCAGUCCCGGUCACCCAGAUAUCCUCUCCCACCUCAGAGGAAAUCGAUGGUCUCCACAGGGUCUACCUGCAGAGCCUGGUGGAGCUGUUUGAGGAGAACAAGACCUUCUACGGUCUGGAAGAAGAUCAGCACCUCACCUUCAUAUGAUCCACCACAGGUUCUGGUACCAUGGACCUCUACACCACCUGAGAUCAGCUGACUGUACUCCUGCAGCCUGAUUGGCUGGGCCUGAAGCUGCUAAGAAACACUGACCGUUCCAGCACCAGAACACGGAGUGGGUCUGCAGGGGGCAGCACUACCCGUCCUUGGGAUGGAACCGGACCGUCUGCUCAAGUGGUCUGAACCGCACUGUUGGACUCACAAUUCAGAUGAUUUUCUCCCAGGAUAAUAAAGCAGAUGAAAUGGACUAA